AUGAGUUCAGCUGAAGAAACUGAAAAUAUUGAAACAUUUUUUCAUUACCAGUAUUCAUUUGUAAUUUCAAAGAUCAUAUUUACCGCAAGUGAGUUGGGCGUCUUUGAUCUGCUGAGGGAGUCGGGGGAACUUCUAUCAUCUUUGACUGUGGCCGAGCGCUUGAACACCAGUCUUACUGGGAUGCAGACACUGCUGCGGGCCUGUGUGGUAUUAAAGGUCCUGAAAGUGGAAUGGAAGGAUGGCAAAGACCUUUAUGGAAACACAGAGUUUGCUGAUCUCUUUCUGGCUAAAUCAAGUCCCAAGUCUCAGUAUUAUUCCAUGAAGCUCUCUUCUGAACACGCAUAUCCAUCAUUGCGAUACUUGCCUGAGAUUGUGAGAUCAAACGAAGGUGCUGAAAGCCUUUUCAGGCAUACAAAUGAGAUUUGGACUCUGCAUGGAAAAGAAGUUGUAUCUUCAUUUGACCUUUCUGGUUUUCAGCUCAUUUAUAACCUAGAUGGACACAGUGUUGGCUUAGCCAAAGAAUUAAUUUCAAAGUAUCCAAAUUGUACUGUGAAAGUUUUUGACCUUCCUGAAAUUGUGGAAAAAUCAAAAAAAUAUAAUGCAUUUUCAGAUGAUUCCCAGAUCUCUUUCCAUGAAGGCGAUUGUUUCAAAGAUCCAAUUCCUGAAGCAGAUCUAUACAUAUUAUCAAAAGCCAUGUAUAAUUGGAGUGAUGAAAAGUGCAUCCAGAUGCUAACAAAAUUAUUCAUGGCUUGUAAACCAGGUGGUGGAGUUUUAGUGGCGGAACCAAUCGUUGAUGAAGAAAUAUCGGGGUCUCUUUCUGCUCAUUUGUUCUCCGUUUUAAUGUUGCUUUGCGAAGAAGGAAAACAACGGAAAGCAUCAGAGCAGCAUACGCUCUUCAACACAGCUGGCUUUAAAGAUGUUCAGUUCAAGAAAGAAGUCAAGGUGGUGAACAUACAUGAUACACCGUUCUCCUAUGUUCUGCACAACAACAACCCUCUGAGAUCAUAUUUUACUGCAAGUGAGUUGGGCGUCUUUGAUCUGCUGAGAGAGUCAGGAGAACUGAUGACCUCUGCAACUGUGGCUGAGCUCUUGAAGACCAGUCUCAUGGGGAUGCAGAUACUGCUGGGGACCUGUGUGGGGUUAAAGGUCCUGAAAGUGGAAUGGAAGAAGGGCAAAGAUCAUUAUGGAAACACAGAGUUUGCCAAUGCUUUUCUGACUAAAUCAAGCCCAAAGUCUCAGUAUUAUACCAUGAAGUUUUUUUCAGAAUGUGCAUAUUCAUCACUGCGAUACUUGCCUGAAGCUGUAAGGUAUCUACCCUGA